GUCUCGCCUGCAGCAACUAUGGAUUCAUCAACCUCCUUCCUCCCGAGUGAAAGCUACAAUCUCUCAAGGCUGUCCGUUCGCAAUUCCUAGAAGGGUCACGACCAUUGAUUGACUCCGACUAUACGGUCUAUAUCUUUGUCGAGUUGGAACAGCUGCAAUCCUCGUAUAUCCAUCGGUGGCGAUAUAAAGUCCUGGAAGCCCUCGAAAGUCGCAAUUACCAUCUGCCAUCUUCCCCGAGAUGUUCUCAUUGAGAUAUUUCACUCUGCUUGCGACCCGCAGUGGUGAUACCCACCAAGAUAUGAUAGUUUAAAUGUAGCCAGGCCCCUUUGGAUUCUGGGCUGUGCCUGUGGGCUUUGGAGAGAUACGUUACACAUGUCUCCUGCUUCAUGGGCUCAUAGGCUUGUCGUGAAGGUCUCUUCCUCUAAGCACAUCUUGCAGGCUUUUUUGGAUCACACGCGAACCUCCUCUCAAUCUGUACAUCUUCUGCGACACAGCGGCAAGCUGACAGAAGAUGGAUCGCUAGAAGAACCUUGUGUUCAUUCUCAUUGUCAUGUAUCUUACCCACCUCUUGGAAGCUGUCACAAUUGAAACAGAAACAUCUCCGUCACUACGUUUCUAAUUAUCGCUUGGAUACGUGUUUAAAUGCUCCGAAGUGGUGGAAAACAACGCUUCCAAGGCCAAGGGAUCCAUAUGCAUCAACUGAGGUUACCGCUUGAUGAUUCCAGUGAUAUCACUUGCCCUUGAUAUUCAACUUCCUGGUAUGACAGCAGAGUGCGAAGGGCCAUUUAGUUCCGGAGAGAUUUGUAGUGGUCGGUUCAGCACCGUGUGCAGGAUGGCUAUUAGAUACUCCGUAUUCAGCGCUUAGACGAAUACCUCCGCGAUUGAUUGACGAUUUCAGUGUUAUUUUGGUU